CAGAGCAACUACAAAUACAGAGCGAGGAUCUGAAACAGGAUUAGUAGGCUACUCAGCACAGGAUUAUCGACUGAGAAACAAAGAAAAAAUACAGCACGGAGUCUAAAGCUUUUUACAGAAAUCAGAUUCAACCAUGACUAAGGACGCAGAGAUAGACAUGAAGGAAGUGGAGCUCCGGGAGAUGGACCCUGAGAAGCAGCCCAUGACUGGUGAUGGCCCGCCUGCAGGUGGAGAGAAAAAUGGCACCGUGAAAGUGAAGGUCCCGGACAAUGAGGUUACCUUCACCGGCCUGUCCAAAGAGGAGCUGAUGAAGGUUGCUGGAACUCCAGGAUGGGUGAGAACCCGUUGGGCGCUUCUGAUCCUCUUUUGGCUGGGCUGGGUUGGCAUGCUGGCUGGAGCCAUAGUGAUCAUUGUCCAGGCCCCUCGCUGCAAACCCAUCCCCGAGAUGAACUGGUGGAACGAAGGACCCCUGUACCAGAUCUCUGACUCUGAAGCUUUCGCUGAUGGACUCGCAGGCGUCGAAGCAAGGUUGGACGAAAUCAACAAGCUGAAGGUGAAAGGCCUGGUUCUUGGCCCUCUUCACACCAUCCAGCCCGACAUGCCAGCCACCUUAAAUCUUAAAGAGAUCGACCCCACCAAGGGAAAUGAGCCAGCCUUGCGCGCUGUGCUGGACAAGGCUCACAAGAAGGGUAUUUCUGUGGUGCUUGACCUGACCCCAAACUACCUGGGAAGUGCUCCCUGGUUCAGCCCUAGUGAGCUCAAUGACGUGAUGGAGAAAGUGAAUGAUGCAGCGGAGUACUGGCUGGAUUUUGGAGUUGAUGGCAUUAAGGUAUCUGACUUCACUUCGGCCACCAACUCUGUUGAUUGGUCCAAGUUCCAGGCUGCUGUCAAGGGCAACCUCACUGAGGAAACCAAGAAGAGGGUGCUGAUGGGCGCAGUUGAAAAUGUUUCGGAUGUGGAGUUGUCUGAGCUUGUUAACACAACAAGUGUAGAUCUGGUUCUGUCCGACCUGCUCAGCCGCAGCAAUGGAGGUGUGCAGCGCAUCAUGGCCAUGAACACCCUCAGCUCUCAGCAGAGGAGUGUGGCCUGGGGUCUCGGUGCCGCCCAUGAGGACCAGCUGUCCAAACAGGCCACCACUCCUGCCCUGAUCCGGCUCUACCAGCUGCUGCUGUUCACUAUGCCUGGAACCCCCGUGUUCACCUACGGAGACGAGAUCGGCCUUCAGGCAAUUGGAUCAGAAUCACCAAAGAUGGUUUGGGACAUAGAGAAGGAACCUGUUGAAGGAGCUGCUGUUAAUGACACUGCUGAGGUUCAGCGAAAAGAAUACGUUGCUGUGAGGAAGUGGUUCAAAUCCCUCAGCGAACUGCGAGUCAAAGAGCGCUCCCUCCUCCACGGCGACUACUACCCUCUCUCCUCCUCCGCCUCCUCCCUCUCUUUCCUCCGCAUUUGGGACCAGAGCGAGAGGUACAUAACGGCGGUCAACUGGGGAGCAACGCCUGAGACGCUCACAUUCAAACUGGAAGCUACAGAGGGAUUAGAGUUGCCAGAAACGGCCACGGUGAAGCUGGCGACAGAUGAAGCUCUGGUGGUAGACUCCACCGUCCCCUUGGACAAAUUUGUCCUCGCACCCGGACAAGCUGUCCUGCUGCAGUUCCCCUAGAUGGGCUAAAGAUGGAGCCAAACUAUAGAAAGCUAUGCACACAUCACUUGUCUUUAAAGAGAAACUGAAGUCAGUCCUUAUCCUUAAAAAUAAGAUUGGAUAGUCAAAAGAUUGAGAAUUUCUUUUUACUUUUUUUAAAUAAAUAUACAAGAUUCUUUAGUCAGAACAUAAGUGAAUAGGGUCAAAGAAAGUCUGCCAUCCAAGCCAGUAUAAACCCAGGUGAAUGUUUCUGGUUUUUAACACACAUUUUAGUUUUAAUCUUGUUGUGUUGGGAAAAUGCAACCACUUAAGAUAUGCACUGAGCAUUUUAUUCUUUUGUGAUAAUUUAAUGUUGACAACAUUGUCCAAAUAUGUGAAGACAUUCCAUUGUUUGUUCUUUGGGCAUUUCUUUGGCAGUCCUUAUUUUUCUUUUGUUAUGUUUCUUUUCUUUUACAUUUUAAGAAAUUCCGUUUUAGUGACAGUUUUUCUGUCUUUUUAACAUCAAGGGUGACUCUGAAGUCUUUUUAAAGUGCUAGUAAACAACAUUUUGCGAUUGGCAACAAUUCUGACAAGUGAACUGAAUUGGAAAUAAACAGAAAACUAAACUGUA